GUCCCAGUGGGCACAGGGAGCGCUCCUAUUUACAAGAAAUUGUCUCGCAGCGUGGAAUUGAAGGGGUCCCCUUCUUCGACAGCCAGGACCUCAUUAUGAAGCGGGCGGACGUUGUUACCUCAGUCCCUUAGAAAUCUACUGCAAGCGGGUCCGCUUGGCACGCGCAAAAUACCAGCCAUUCCCUAACUGUGGGCUAUGAAGACUCGUAAAAUGCUCUGCAGUCGCAUCGAAGGCAAACUACGAGCUGUGUUCUGAAGUACUUUUGAAGGAAUAGCCUAAAUUAUCAUCGUGUAAUCAGACUUUGUAUGGAGUUUUGAUUUCAGCCAAACUUGAAAACGUUCGCAACUUCGGUCCCUGCUGAACGCCAGGACCGCAGUUGGCUUCUGAUGUUUUUUUAAACACCUUUGCGAUCUGUCUGGAUAAUUAAAGGCACAGCAGAGCACUGUCGGAGCACGGGCCAGUGUCGGGUGAAGUGCUGCUGGAGAGCUCUCGGGAUACUCGCACGAUGAUCCCUCUCCUGUUUUCCUAAAAAGAUUUCAGAUCCGUUUGAUGGCCGCACGUCCACCUCCGGCAACACUUCGGCUGCACCUUUAUGCAUUCUCGCUGUGCCUUCCGUCUGCAGAGAGGAGAUCCGAGGAUCCCUUCUGACCGAAUAACGGGUUUCUUUUUGUGUCGAGACAGUUGAAUGGAUUUUCAGGCACACUUUGCUGAAACUGGGGAAUUUGAACCAUACGAUAUUCAGUUAACUGUUCGGGGCCACUUGGCCCGUGUGCGUAAAUGUUCUUCACUUCGACUGCUGCACAAAAAAUGCGUCUGCCUGGCGAUAUUUAAAUCGCCUCGGAGAGUAUUUUCCUGAAUCUGUUAGUUAGAAUUUGGAAGACGCCGGAGGAGAAGAUGAACCUGUGUGUCGUCCGUGUUCUCCUCACUUUGGAUUUAGCCACCGUGGCCCUCAGUUUGUCCACAUGCAGUACGUUGGACAUGGAGCAGUUCAAAAAGAAGCGCAUCGAGGCCAUCCGAGGGCAGAUCCUGAGCAAGCUGAAGCUCACCAGUCCCCCGGAGGACUUUCCCGAUUCCGAGGAGGUGUCCCGUGAGAUUGUCGCCAUUUACAACAGCACCAGGGACCUGCUGCAGGAGAAGGCGAACGAACGGGCGGCGACGUGCGAGCGGCAGCGCUCCGAGGAGGAGUAUUACGCCAAGGAGGUGCACAAGGUCGACAUGCAGCCCUUCUUCCCGUCAGAGAAUGUCAUUUCUCCUACACACUUCAACCCUUACUUCAGGCGGCUAACGUUUGAUGUGUCCUCCAUGGAAAAGAAUGCCUCCAACCUGGUGAAGGCUGAGCUCAGAAUCUUCCGUCUUCAAAACCCUGGGGCCCGUGUGUCUGAGCAGCGCAUCGAGCUCUACCAGGUUUUAGGACACAAAGACCUGAUGUCUCCAACACAGCGGUAUAUUGACAGCAAGGUGGUAAGAACACAAACGGAGGGAGAGUGGCUGUCGUUUGACGUGACAGAGGCAGUGAGUGAAUGGCUGAACCACAGAGACAGAAACAGUGGAUUCAAGAUUAGUCUGCACUGCCCAUGCUGCACAUUUGUACCAUCAAAUAACUACAUUAUUCCCAACAAGAGUGAGGAGCUGGAGGCACGGUUUGCAGGAAUUGAUGACAACUUCAUCCAUGGCGGUGACCUGAAGGUGUUUAAGAAGCGCCGGCACAGUGCUAGGGCUCCACACCUUCUCCUCAUGUUGCUGCCUUCAUACCGGCUGGAGUCCCAGUCUCAGUCCCAGCCCAAGAAUCAACGAUCCAAGAGAGCCCUGGACGCUGCCUACUGUUCUAGAAAUGUUCAAGACAACUGCUGCUUACGGUCACUCUACAUCGAUUUUAAGAAAGACCUAGGCUGGAGGUGGAUCCAUGAGCCAAAAGGCUAUGAGGCCAACUUCUGUGCCGGGGCCUGUCCAUAUCUGUGGAGCGCCGACACCCAGCAUUCCAAGGUAUUAGGCCUGUAUAACACCAUCAACCCUGAAGCAUCAGCAUCUCCCUGCUGUGUCUCCCAGGACCUGGAGCCUCUCACCAUCCUCUACUACAUCGGCAAGUCCCCCAAAAUAGAGCAGCUCUCCAAUAUGAAGGUCAAGUCCUGCAAGUGCAGCUAGAGGCCCUUACAAGCCAGCACCAACACUCUCUCUCCGUCCUUUACACAAACACACACACAUAUGCCCACUGCAAUUACAUACAUACAUUCAAACCACAACUGUACUUUCUCUUACAUGUGCUAUUAUACUUCAUACAUAGUCAGGAGUGGUAUGAGGUACAGAACAAUUCAAUGCUUGUUCAAUGACCAGUGCUGUCAUGAUACAUGACUUUGAUACCAAUGCUCAGUACCAUAGGUACAGGGUUACACUGCAGAAUUUGGUUUAAAAUGCCUAACGACAAGCACAUUGUGUACAGAGAUUUUCAUGUUGAGUUUGGGUUGCAGUUUGCCUGUAGUUUGUUGUGUAAUUCUUGGCAAGCAUCAGGAGCUGUUGGCUAUCCAAUGUCAACAUGCAAAACCCAGAGCAGGUUGCCUACCAUGAUUUUGCUGUGACGUUAACUUACAAAUCUGAUCUGAAUGGACUAUAGGAAAUAAUGCAAAUGACGUUGCAUGCAGCCAGGUUGUAUUAGCAGUGUACAAAAUUCUUACUGCCCAGAAAACAACAGGGAAAAAGACACCUCUCACUACAAAAAAUGUUUUAUAUUUAAUUAUUAUUCUCUGGCAACUGAAAACCACGAAACAACAUACAUAUUUUCAAAUAUAAGGACAAGGAUUUCAAUAUCAAUGUUGUCUUUAAGUGAAAAUGUCCCAUUUUUGGCUCCUGGCAACAGUCUAUAAACCAGAUGAAACAGGCAGGGUGGGGCGGCUGUGGCUCAGGAGGUAGAGCGGGUUGGCCGUUAAUCGGAAGGUCAGCGGUUCAAUCCCUGUUUCCCCCUGGUUGCGUGUUGGAGGUUCCUUGGGCAAGAUACUGA